GGGCUGGCAGAUCGCACCAUGCGGUCGCCGUCGGCCGGCACUGCUCGCGCGCGCGUCUCCACUGCGGCCUGCGGGUCGACUUCCUCCGGUGAUGUGGCGCCAUUUAUUGCCAUUCCCCGCAUCCUCCCACCCAUCCAUCCAUCCAUCCAUCCUGGUGCUGCAGUGUGUGGCUUCGUCGCCGAUAGCUUCGCCAGCAGGCCGGUGAGCUUCCCAGGAGUCGCCGCCUCCGCUUGACUUGCCACAGCUUCCCCUCCGAACUCUGAGCUCUGAAGCCGAGCAGGGAGGUGCUCCCGGAGAGCCGCCGGCGCACAGCCCAGCGCGAGCUAGCAAUCGAGGAUGGAGAUCGUGACGGGGGCCAUGAGCACCCUCCUGCCCAAGCUGGGCAGCAUGCUCAAGGAGGAGUACAACCUGCACAGGAAGGUGAGGGGCGAGAUCCUGUUCCUCACUGCCGAGCUGGAGAGGAUGGAGGCCGCUCUCGUCGAGGUUUCAGAGGCCCCGGUUGACCACCCCCCUAGUAAACUCGUCAGGCUUUGGGCCAGGGACGUCAAGGACCUGUCGUACGAAAUCGAGGACAGCGUCGACAGAUUCAUGGUGCAUCUCGACGGCCGUGCGGAGGAGAAGGCGCAGAGCUUCAUGGGUUUCAUCCACAGGGGCAUCGACCUGUUGACGAGGGCCAAGACGCGCCACAAGAUCGGCACCGAGGUCAGGCACAUCAAGAGCCGCAUCACGGAGGUCAGCGCACGGCGCGAUAGGUAUAAGGUUGACAAGGCUGUUGAACAGCCUGUCGUCACAAGCGUUGAUAGCCUUCGCCUGUCGGCUCUCUACAAAACGGAGACGGAGCUCGUCGGCACCGAAGAGAAGAUCCGAGAGCUAGUCGAGACGAUGACCGAGGAGGUGGACGAGGCGUCGAAGCAGCAGCUCAAGAUUGUCUCCAUUGUUGGUUUCGGGGGGUUAGGCAAGACAACUCUUGCUAAUGCGGUGUAUCAGAAGCUUAAAUCACAAUUCGAUUGCGGGGCUUUUGUUUCCGUGUCUCUUAAUCCGAACAUGGAGAAGAUUUUCAAAAACAUUCUUCAUCAACUUGACAAGCACAGGUAUAGUAGCAUCAAUGAAGCGAUGUGGGGUGAAGCACAACUCAUCGGCGAGCUAAGGGAUUUUCUUCUAAACAAGAGGUAUUUCAUUGUGAUUGAUGACAUAUGGAACAUUUCUGUAUGGAAGACAACCAGACAUGCUUUCAUUGAGAACAGAUGUGGAAGUAGAAUAAUCACAACAACUCGUAUUUUUGAUGUUGCCAAACAAGUUGGUAGUGUUUAUGACCUAAAGCCUCUUUCUCCUAUCGACUCAAGAAAGUUAUUCCACCAAAGGAUAUUUGGUGUUGAAAAUCCUCCGAUUCAAUUAGCUGAAGUAUCUGAGAACAUUCUAAAGAGAUGUGGUGGAGUACCAUUAGCUAUCAUGACAACAGCUAGUAUGUUAGCUACUAAAAGAGGAAAUGAUUGGUCCAAGGUGUACCAAUCUAUGGGUUCCGGGCCACAAGAUAGUUCUGAUAUGCAGGACAUGAGAAGGAUAUUGUCAGUCAGUUACUAUGACCUACCUGCACAUCUAAAGACAUGUUUAUUGUUUAUCAGUGUGUAUCCAGAGGGUUAUACCGUUGUAGCUGAAGAUUUAAUAUGGCAAUGGAUUGGUGAAGGUUUUGUUCAGGAAGAACAUGGGAAGAACUUGUAUGAAGUAGGAGAGGAAUACCUUGCUCAGCUUAUUAACAAAAGCUUGAUUCAACCUGUAGAUAUUGGGUCUGAUAAUAAAGUGAGUUCUUGUCGUGUGCAUGAUAUGGUGCUUGACCUCAUCACUUCCCUUUCAAGCGAAGAGAACUUCCUAACAACAGUAGGUGGUCUGCAGCCUGUGUCUACAUCAAGUAAGAUACAUCGACUGUCUGUACAAACCAGGAAUGAAGAUGAUUUAAAAAGGCUGGCAACCAUGGGCUUGUCUCAUGUAAGAUCACUUUCUGUAUUUGGGCAAGAUAUCAAUUUACUUCCAGCCCUCUCAAGCUUUCCAGUCAUACGUGCAUUGGAUUUAAGUUACUGUCUGGAUGUGGAUAACCAUCAUGUCAAGAUUAUAUGCAAUCUGCUUCACUUGAGGUAUUUACGGUUGUGCAAUACAUCCAUAACUGAGAUCCCAGAAGAGAUUGGGAAUCUGCAGUUCUUGCAGGUACUGGACAUAAGUCAGACUGGAAUAGAAGCGUUGCCGCCAGAAUUUGUUCGGCUAACGCAACUAGUGUACCUGCAUAUUGACAGGUGGACCAAGCUGCCAGAUCAGUUUGGGGGUCUAAAAUCUCUGCAAGAUUUUCCAGUUAUCCCCACUAUCACGUCUGCAUCGAUGCUCCAUGAUGUAGGGAAGCUGACGAAACUGAGAAACCUUCUUAUCAGUUUUGAUGAAUGGAACGAGAGCUACGAGGGACCUUUCUGCCGGUGUCUCUCGAAUCUGGUCAAUCUUAAAACGAUAAAGAUAAUCGGUGCCCAUCUCGGCAUAGACUCCGGAAGUGACUAUUUGUCGCCGCGGCCUCGGUACAUUCAGACCAUUCAUCUGAUCAACAACAUCAACUGUGCACUGCCAAGAUGGAUGUCCUCUCUGUCCUGCCUCUCAUUCCUUGUAAUCCAUGGCCUAAGAACACUGCGAGUGGAGGACCUUCGAGUCCUUGGGAGCAUACCAGCGUUGAGUUAUCUUGACAUAUGGGUCGUCGAGCACACACAAGAGAGACAAGAUAGGUUGGUGAUCGACAGUGGCCAUCCAUUCCAUUGUCUAACGACCCUCAAGAUCGCCAGUCGUGUCAUGGAGCUGCGGUUUGCCCAGGGAGCCACACAGAAGCUCCAAACCCUUAAGCUACGGUUCUCGGUGCGGCAUACGCUGGAUCAGUUUGGCGAUUUGGGUUUCGGCCUGGAGAACGUCUCUUCGCUUGAGCACGUGUAUGUUGGGAGGUGGUCCAAGCCCGAGCCCGGGGAGGUGGAGGCUGCGGAGGCUGCAAUAGGAGAAGCGCUCGGCAUGAAUCCCAACAAGCCGACACUCAAGUUCAGCAAGUGGCGAUGAUGGCGCCGGAGUAGCAAGCUUGCCAAUAUAUACGGAGGACACAGAAAGAAGAAGCGAUGAAGACAUGUGAAGUAACUACUUACUCCCUCCGUCCCAAAAUGUAAAAAACGUCUUACAUUUUAGGACGGAGGGAGUAGUAUUUUCCUGGCCAUUAGUUGAGACCUUAUAGCAGUGUUCCUAUUUUUUGCCAUUUUUAUUUAUGUAGCAGUGUGUAUUUCUCUUUCCAAAGUACCGUCCGGCUUCUCUACUAGCUAUUUUUGCUUUCCAAUGAAUAAUUUGUUGCAGAGAUAAUCCACACGGGGCGAUGGCACAUAGCAAUGUUCUUCUCUUCUUU